CAUACGCUGACAAAUCAACAAAAUGACCGACAGAAAUGUGUUUUAGGAUCAAAGCUUUGAUAAUCUGUGGCCAAGGUGUCAUGGAGAAGCAACCAAUACAUGUGCUAGUCAUCCCAUUUCCAGCACAGGGUCAUCUUGCCCCUCUAAUGAAGUUGUCACACAAGAUCGUUGAUCAUGGGAUCAAUGUCACAUUUGUUAACACUGAGUUCAUACAUGCAAAACUCACAGCUUCAAUGGCAGUGAAGAGUGAAGAGAAGAGCCCAAUAAGACUGGUCUCAAUCCCAGAUGGACUAGAACCUGGGGAUGAUCGAAAUGAUACUCCUAAGCUGAUAGAAAGUAUUGAAAAAGUGAUGCCAGGCCAUUUGAAGGACUUGAUUGAGAAAAUUAACCAGUCAAAUGAUGAUGAUGAUCAGAUCAGUUGUAUCAUUGCUGAUCCAACGGUUGGGUGGGCACUAGAAGUUGCUGAGAAGAUGGGAAUUAAAAGGGCUGCAGUUUGGACUGCUGGACCAGCAAACUUGGCCUUUGCAUUACACAUUCCGAAGCUUAUUGAGGAGGGAAUAAUAGAUAUUAAAGGAACUCCAAGAGAAAACAACUUGAUUUGGUUGUCAAAGGAUAUCCCAGCAUGGAGUAGUAGUGGUUUGCCUUGGAGCUGUCCAGGAGACUCAAAGACACAAAACAUUGUUUUUGAAUUUCAUGCUUUCAAAGUGAACCAUUAUGUCAGACUAUGCAAUUGGCUUCUCUGCAACUCAUUCUAUGAGCUUGACUCACCGACUUGCGACUUAAUUCCUGGGAUCAAACCUGUUGGCCCAUUACUUUUGGGCAAUGAAUUGGGCAAUCAUGCCGGAAGCUUUUGGCCCCAAGAUUCAACUUGUCUAAGCUGGCUUGAUAAACAACCUGUGCGUUCAGUCAUUUAUGUUGCUUUUGGCAGUUUAGUAACCUUCAGCCAGCAACAGUUUGAUGAAGUAGCACUUGGCCUUGAACUCAUAGCCAAGCCAUUUUUGUGGGUUGUUCGAUCAGACAUAACAGAUGGAGCACUUGCUGAAUUCUUGCUUGUGUUUAGAACAAGACUAAAUGAUCGUGGAAUUAUUGUUGAAUGGGUACCUCAAGAGAAGGUGUUAGACCAUCCUUCUAUUGCAUGUUUUCUAAGCCAUUGUGGAUGGAAUUCAACCUUGGAGGGUAUAAGCAUGGGAGUCCCAUUUCUAUGUUGGCCUUUCUUUACAGACCAAUUCCAUAAUAAGAGUUACAUAUGUGAUGCUUGGAAGAUUGGUUUGGGGUUGACCCCAGAUGAAAAUGGGCUUAUCACCAGGCAUGAAAUCAAAACAAAAAUAGAAACACUGCUCUCUAAUGAUGGUAUAAAAACCAAUGCACUGAAACUGAAGGAAAUGGCUAAAAAGAGUGUAAUUGAUGGCGGAUCUUCAUUUAAGAAUUUCAAAAGCUUUAUUGAGCAAAUAAAGCAUUAAGGGUGCUCAAAAGUGUUAUUAUUAUUGAUUUUUAAGUGUGUUUGAAUAUUAUUUUGAAUUGUGUUCCUGAAAAAAAUAAAACUAGAGUGAAAGAAACAGUGUGUGCAUGUGUGUAAGGAUUUGAAUUUCGUUAAUGGCUUGCAAUGUCAGCAUCAUUUGAACUAGCUUUAAAUGCUGCUUAAGCUAAA